AUGGAGCCUCUUUCCGACCAGUUCUUGGAGUUUCACCCUAUCCAUGGUACUAACGUCAAACUGAACCACUCAGGAACCCAGGCCGUACGAGUGGAGAGCUUUGCCAACGGAGUUUGUUUUAGCAAAUACCCUCUGAAGCCCGGAGAGAUUUUUCUCAUCGAGAUCGAGGAAAAGGAAAUAGGCUGGUGUGGUCACCUCCGGAUGGGUCUGACCGCCAGGGAUCCCAAAAGCUUAGAGGUGGUGCCUGAAUACUCCAUUCCAGACUUGACAGAGUUGGGGGACAGCUGGGUCUUUGCCAUCACUCGCAACCACAACAAGAUUGUUGAGGAGGAGAUCCCAGAGUCUGGAGAACUUCCUGGAGGUCAAAGACUUGGCCGAGGAGAGGCAGAAGAUGGAGAUGGAGGCAACAACACCAAACCAAAGACUUUCUUCACUGACUCUCACUUGUACAUUGACAAUGUUCGAAUCCCCAGGGACAAGCUUGUCGGUCGAAGUCGUCCGGGACGCUACAGCCACAUCUUGGACGACUUGUACAAGACCAACACCCUGCCUCCUACAGCCAGGCGCAGCAGAAUCGGAGUUCUGUAUGUGCAAAAAGGCAAAGACGUGGCUGAUAUGCACAUUGUGAUCAACGGAGAGGACAUGGGAGCUUCUGCGAAGGGAAUACCCACCACCCUGCCUUUAUAUGCUGUGGUGGAUGUUUUUGCUGCUACAAAGUGUGUCCGAAUCGUCCAAGUGGAGUACGGCUUUUCCUCUCUGCAGACGCUGUGCAGGAAGACCAUCCAGAAGCACAUUGUUCACAGGAUGGCCAUAGACUGGCUCCAGCUGCCCGAGGCCCUCAAACUCUACUGCAAGUUUGAAUGA